CUGGAACUUAAACAGUGUAUUCUGUAUAGUUUUCUUCUACUUCAUUUGUAACAUCGGCUUUGAGUUGCGAAAAAUGUUGAAAGAAUAUGCAAAUCUGUCUGUGCUGACUCUUGUUGCGCUUGUAGCUUUAGGACUUGCCUUGUCCUACAUUGUUUUGGUGAUGUUUGGCUCCUCUUCUCACCCAAACCCAAGGCAUCAGAGGACUAACGAUAACAUUGAAGGGAUUAAUAAAGUUCCGAUGGAUCCCACUAGUAGUGAACUAGGUGUCCUUUCAUCUCCUCUGUGGGAUGUCUUUUUGAGCUUUUACGGCAUGGAAACUCGCAGAAAUUUCAUUUCGCAUCUUUACCACGCUUUGGAUCAGGCGGGGAUUGUAACUUUCAAAGAUGAUCCUGCACUUGAAAAGGGUGAAGAAAUUUCAUCAGCUCUGCGUCAAGCAAUCAGAAAUUCUAAGAUGUUUGUCGUUGUUAUCUCAGAGAACUUUGCUAAUUCAUCGUGGUGCCUUGAUGAGCUUGUAGAGAUCCUGAGUUGCAAGAGAACAAACAAUCAGGUUAUUCCCGUAUUUUACUAUGUUCAUCCAUCAGAUCUACGAUACCACAAGGGGAGUUUUGGUGUAGCUCUUAAAAAGCAUGAGAAGCGUCACUCUGUUGAUAGGAUUCAAAAGUGGAAAUCUGCGCUUACUGAAAUUGCAGCUCUAUCAGGUUACCAUUUGGAAGACGCAAAAGAGACUUGCGAUGCAAUUAUAUAUUAUUUAUAUAAGCUAAGGAUUACAACUGUGUAUACUGUACUAAAAUUAAUAGGAGUGAAGCAGAUACAAUUCAAAAUAAUUAAUAGGAGUGAAGCAGAUACAAUUCAAAAUAUCGUUGAGAAUGUAUUGUCACAAACAUCAACAAAGGCCGUACACCUUCAAAGAUGUCUAUUUGGGAUAGAUCCUGCUGUCGAAGAGAUAUAUCAACAACUAAGCUUAAAGUCAAAUGAUGUUCGUGCCCUUGGAAUAUGUGGGAUGGGUGGAAUUGGGAAAACUACUUUAGCCAAGGCCCUCUACGACAAGUACUCCCUCAAAUUUAAUAUAAGUUGUUUUGUGGAAAAUGUAAGACAGAAUUCACAAGGAGCUAGUCCACCUUCUUUACUUCACCAACUCUUGAAAGAGCUUCUCAGAGUGAAGGAUUUGAAGGUCCGUGAUUCUGACAGUGCGCUACGAAAAUUGAGAGAGAUUCUAAGUACUAACAAAGCUCUCAUUGUUUUUGAUGAUUUGGACCAGUCAAACUAUUCGGAAUUGGUAGUAAGGAUUUGCAAUCUGUUCUCAGAUGGUAGCAGAAUGAUAAUUACGACAAGAGAUUCAAACCUGCUAAAUCAACUGAAACUAGAAAUGUCAAAAGUGGAUACAUACAUGGUGAAGCGUCUGAACGAAAUCAAUUCACUGGAGCUCUUUAGCUAUCAUGCCUUUAAAAAAUCAAAGCCUCCUGAAAAAUACUUAGCUCUGUCUAAAAGUUUCGUUACUUAUGCGGGAGGCCUUCCUGUAGCUUUAAAGGUGUUGGGUUCAUCUUUGUGCGGUAGAAAAGAUGUGUCAUUCUGGAAACUUAAAUUGGAAAAAGUUCAAAAAAUUCCAAUGGAAAGUAUCCAAAGGAUCCUUGAACUGAGUUACGAUGAGUUAGAAGAUGACUCACAGAAGGCUAUUUUUCUUGAUAUUGUGUUCUUCUUUCUGGGAGAGAAGAUACAUGACGCUGUUGAUGUAUUCAGAUCAUGUGAUUUCUUCUCGGAGUCUGGGAUACCAAUUCUGUUGAAAGAUGUUUACUAACCAUUGAUUUCUUGAUAUUGUAUUCUUCUUCCUGCCGUCUGGUCCUCCAAAGUAUUGCGAUGAAUGUGGAUCUACCUAUCUGAGAGAAACAUCUAAGUUCUGCUCAGAAUUUGGUUUUAAGAGGCUAGGAAUAUGACGUCAUCCGUCUCUUCUCCAUCUCAUCUGUAG